UUCUUCUAAAAACACAUAAGGUUCCACAUGCUUAAUGUAGUUUUAUCUCUCUUUCUAUAAAUGUGUGGAUAUGUUAUAAUUUUCUUGAAGCAGACCUGACAUAUGAUUGUGCAUUAAACACUCUAAUUGAUGUGUUUGACGGGCUGCAUCUAAUACAUACCCAUUUUGAACACGGUCGGAUAGUUCAUGCUAAUUUGAACCCGAAAAAUAUAGUGCUUGAUGAGGAGUGGAGAGCAGCACUUUGUGAUUUCAGCCUCACUCAUGAGGUUUCUAAAGACGAGGCAAUUUGCCAUAGCAACUACGUUGAAAGAGAAGCAAAAGGUAGGACAGAGGCAAUCCAUGACAAACAAGCAGCAGAGAUAUAUGCAUUGGGAAUAAUCAUGAUUGAAGUUUUAACCAAGGAACCAAUUGGUGCACGGGAAAUUGAAAAAAUAGUUAGAAGGAAAAUUUAACACAAGGAGUCCAUCCGAGCGAUGAUGGUAGAGCCAAUGAAUUGCUUGACUUGGCUCUCUGUUGCAUUAGCAGUGAAAGGAUAGAUCGGCCUCGAGCUUAUGAAGUCUCACACAACCUAAGACGAAUCCGAGACUCAAGUGUGUUCAUGAGAAUGGCUAAAGCUGGCGAUUUACAAUAUGCUGAUCCACUAAGCCUUUUCAUGUACUGUUAUUUGAAAUAUUCUGGGACAUCUUUCCACACCAAAUACACUUCGGGAGUUCCAUGCUUGGAAAUUCUGCGAAAGUUUCGCCUAAUGGAUCAACAUCGUUCAGUUGAACAACUGAAGGAUUUGGGGCCCGUGAUAUUGACCAAACAGCUCGCCAACACAGCAAAUUUGAAUCAUUUAAAAAAGAUGUGAUGCAUCUCUUGGAGGAACUUGAACUCAGUAUGUUAUAUUAUCUGUAUAAGAGAUGUCCAUCAUUUGAUUGGGCAAGUGAAAGAUUUGAAAAUCUGAAGGAGGGUCUUAAUCUAAUUGAUAUAACAGAGGAAAAGAUUGAAGAAAUGAUGAGAGGAGCAUGCAAAAAUCUAUCAGAAGAGCUUUGUGAUAGUGUUAAUUUGUUCAGGGUUACAGUUAAAAAGGGGGAAUUAGAUGUCAAAGACUCCUUCUCCGUUGUGAUGAAUAAGAAAAAGGAAAAAAGAUGGGAUUUCAAUCCAGUGACAAGUCUAGAUGCAAUUUUUACAAGCAUUUCAUUGAUAAUUGUGAAAGGACUGGUUGACGCGCCCACUUACCAAGAAUUCCUGAAUACACAAACCUAGUUGCAUAUGUGGAGCGCUUCAAUGUUAAGUAUGAGAAAACCAUGGGGAGAGCUAUAUUAUCUGAAAGAAUUACAGUACAAGUUUAUCCCAAAACUGAUUGGAUAUGGGCACGACGGAGGUGUAAGGUGUCACCUAAUUAUGAAGUACUAUUCUGGUGGUAGUCUUAGACAGAAGAUUGGUGGCCUAAAAUAUCAGCAUGCACUAACGAUUUUAAUUGAUGUGUUUGAUGGGCUGCAUCUUAUACACGCCCAUUGUGAGCACCAUCGGAUAGUACAUGCUGACCUAAAGCCAGAAAAUAUAGUGCUUGAUGAGGAGUGGAGAGAAGCACUUUGUGACUUUGGCCUCACUGGGGAAGUUUUUAGAAAAAAGGCAGUUUGGAUGAGUAGAUACGAUGAAAGACCUAAAAGAAGAGAAAUCAGGCCAGAGUAUAUGGAAAAGACAUCCUAUGGGAGUCAAGAAUCAGAAAUAUAUGCCUUGGGAUUGAUUAUGAUUGAAGUUUUAACCAAGGAACCAAUUGAUGCAGUGGAACUUGCAGAAAGUGUUACAGGGAAAAUGCAAAGCAAGGAGUCACUCCUAACAAUGAUUCGAGAUGAAAUUAAGCUGUCCGGUUGCAACUAUGGUAGAGCUAAGGAUCUGCUUCUUUUGGCUCUCUGCUGUAUUAGGAGCAAAAGGAAAGAUCGGCCACGGGCUUAUGAAGCUUCAUAUGAGCUCAGAAAAAUCCAAGACUCGUUGGUGUAGAUGUCUCUAUUCACUAAAAGAAAUGAAAAACAAUGCAGUUACAUGGUGAAAUAGGAUUUGUUCGUUGAAUAUUGAUUCUUCAACAUCUAAUUAGUGGUUCCUAUUUAGUUUGUAGAGUUCACAUUUUUUUGGUGAAUUGCAACUGGUAGUUUAUGCAUGCUUCAAGUUGGAAUCCUUAUAUUGAUUCUAGUAUUUCAGUUACUCAUGUGGGGGUUUCUUUGUUUUAA